CACCACCAAAUCGAUCCCCUCAACAAACCCAGAAACUCCCACAGACCUAUUUCAAUGGCGUCGACUAUCACCACUACCGCUCUGGUUUCUUCCUGCUACACCAAAUCGUCAAGCCCCUGUUCGCAUCUCAGCAGCACAAGAGCCACAACCUUCGGAGCUCACCGCUUCGCCUACCCUUCCGGCGUAAAUUUCAGCCGGAGGCCGAAGACAAGCGCGGUGGUGAGAGCGGAGGUUCAGCCGAUUAACCCAGAGAUUAGGAAGACUGAGGCGAAGGUUGUGGACUCUGUUGUGGUCACUGAGCUCGCUAAGCCCCUCACUGCAUACUGCCGGUGUUGGAGGUCAGGGACUUUCCCCUUGUGCGAUGGAAGCCAUGUGAAGCAUAAUAAAGCUACUGGUGACAAUGUCGGGCCAUUGCUCUUGAAGAAGGAGUAAAGCUUUAGAAUUCAGUAGAGGUGCUCGGAUAUUGAAAUGAAAAAUCGACAGUUCUUAGAGGCACUAGUUUGAAAACCUAUUCGAGGGUCAUCUCCUAGAGUAUGAGAUGGCUAUGACAAUGCAUCAUUUGAAAUAUGUUGUCAAGUAUUUGUUUGAGAUUUUGAAUAGAGAUCUAAACAGCUUUCUUUA